ACGAGCCCGGCUGCUCCCCAGGGAAGGAUCCGGCCCCAGAGCCCCCGGGAAGAGUUUGCGUUCAGCACCAUGGCUCAACCUGUCCCUGUCCUGCUCUGGGCCUGGUGCGCGCUGACAGCUCUGGCAGGGGCCGCGCAGGGCUCGUUUGAGGUGAGCGUUUCGCCGGAAGCUGCCAUGGUGGAGCACGGAGGGUCCGUCUGGAUAAACUGCAGCACCACGUGCCGGGAUCCUGGUGCUAAGGGCGGUGUGGAGACCUCGCUCACCAAAACCAAUACUAAAAGUGGAGCCGGGUGGGAGGCCGUUCUCCUAACCAAUAUCAAGGAGUGGGUGUCGUCCCCUCAGUGCUACUUCAUCUGCUAUGGAAAUACGACGGCGGUGGCGUAUGCAAACAUCUCCGCUUACCAGGCGCCGGAGCGGGUGGUGCUGGAGCCGCUCCCGGAGCUGGAGCUGGGCCGGGCCUAUAACCUGACGUGCCGGGUUCUGAAGGUGGCUCCCGUCACACACCUCAGCGUGACCCUCCGCCAGGGGGGACGGACCCUGCACACGGAGACCUUCCAGAGCCGCACCCGGACCGGACCCGACGACGUCACGGUGACCCAGGAGAUCACCCCUCGGCGAUGGGACCACGGGCAGGAGAUCACCUGCCACGCAGCCCUGGACCUGGCACCGCACGGGCCACUCUUGCAAAGCAGCUCCUCUGCGGUGGAGCUCCAGGAGGCCGGGGCUGCAGAACAAUCCUUUAAUGUGAGCGUUUGGCUGGAAGAUGCUGUGGUGGAGCACGGAGGCUCCAUCUGGUUAAACUGCAGCCACACGUGCCAGGAUCCUGGUGCCCGGGGCGGCCUGGAGACCUCGCUCAAGAAAGCCGAACAUAAAAAGGGGUCCAGAUGGAUGGCCCAAGAGCUGGUCAAUAUCCGGGAGUGGGUGUCGGUUGUUCAGUGCUAUAUCAACUGCUACAGAAAAACAACAGUUGCAUAUGCCAACAUCACCACUUACCAGGUGCCGGAGCGGGUGGUGCUGGAGCCGCUCCCCGAGAUGGAGCUGGGCCGGGCCUAUAACCUGACGUGCCGGGUUCUGAACGUGGCUCCCGUCACGCACCUCAGCGUGACCCUCCGCCAGGGGGGACGGACCCUGCACACGGAGACCUUCCAGAACCGCACCGGGACCGGACCCGACAACGUCACGGUGACCCACAAGAUCACCCCUCAGCGACAGGACCACGGGCAGGAGAUCACCUGCCACACCGCCCUGGACCUGACACCGCACGGGCAGCUUUUCCAAAACUCCUCCCCUGCGGUGGAGCUCAGGGUUUUUGAUCUCCCGGAGGAGCCCCGGCUCCAAAUCUCCCACUAUAUCGAGGUGGGCACCAGGGCGCCCGCCCGCUGUAGGGUGGCCGGGGUCUUCCCCGCCGCGGGAGAGGCCCGGUUCAACCUGUCCUUUGGGGGAGAGAGCCUGAACUUCACCGUCACCACGUCAGGCGACACGGCCACCGCCCAGGGCGAGGUUCGGUCCCCAUCCCCGGGAUGGCACCAGCUGAACUGCACCGUGUCCGUGGGGCCCGUGUGCAGAUCUGCAGGGCAGAGCGUUCUCGUUUACCGUUUCCCUCAGCCCGUCCUGGAGAUCGACCAGCCACAGGCCCUCGCGAACAGGAACGUGAGCAUCACGUGCCAUUCCCCUGCCUCCCAGCCCCCCGGCACGACGCUACAGCUCAGAGACGCCGAGCGAACCCUGGCGUCCGGGCACCCGCCCCGCCUGCAGCUCACGCUGACGACCCGCAAGGGAGACAACAGGAGGCAAUUCACGUGUGAAGGGAACCUCACGCUGGGCAACCAUUCCCUCGUAAAGAACACGUCCGCCCAGCUCGCCGUCCUCUACGCGCCUACGCUGGACGAGCCCGGCUGCCCAAGUCACCAGACGUGGCUCGAGGGGACCCCGCAGCAGCUGGCCUGUGAAGCCGAUGGCAACCCGACGCCGGAGGUCUCCUGCAGCAAGGACAGCCCGGUGUACGCUACCGGCGGCGUGCAGAACGUCACGAGAGGCCACGCGGGGCUGUAUCGCUGCCGCGCCACCAAUGCCCAUGGGACGGCUGGCAGGAACGUGACAAUCCACGUCGAAUAUGGGCCUGAAAUAGACGAUGCCGGCUGUGCAGGGACCCGGACCUGGGUGGAGGGGACGGAGCAAAGCUUGGCCUGCCUGGCGCGGGGGAACCCAGCACCGGCCGUGGUGUGCACGAAGGACGGGGUGCCCUACGACGUGGGGGUGCAGCAUCGGGUGGCGAGAGAGCAUGCUGGGACCUACCACUGCAACGCCACCAACGCCCGCGGCUCGGUCAGCUGGGACGUGACCGUCCAGGUGGAGUACAAGCCCACCAUGGACGAGUCCAGCUGCCCCAGUACCCAGGCGUGGCUGGAGGGGACCCUGCACACCCUGGCCUGUGAGGCGGACGGGAUCCGCGUCCCAUGCACCAAGGAGGGAGCAGCCGAGGAGUUUGGCGGCGAGCGGAACGUGAGCAGGAAUGACUCCGGCACCUACCAGUGCACGGCCAGGAACCGUCACGGGUCGGCGACGAGGGUGGUCACCGUGCGGGUGGAAUACAGGCCCGUCGUCUUGCUCCUGGCCAUCAGCCCUUCCGCCACCGUCCCACGCGGCGCCAGCUUCAACAUCAGCUGCCGCGCCGAGGGCUCCCCGGCGCCCGCCUACCGCUGGACCGUGCCCCCCGCCCCCAACGUCCACUGCUCGGCCGAUAACAGCACCGUGAGCGUGGCCGGCGCUGACCGGCACAACCGCGGCGUUUACGUCUGCAGAGUCUCCAACGCCCACGGGCAGCACCUGGGCCAGGUCCAAAUCCAGGUGACAGAUCACAGAUUCAUCAUCGCGGCCCUGAUCGCGGGGGCGGCCGUGCUGCUGCUGGGUGGGACGGCCGGGCUCGUCUAUUACCUCAAAUCCACCGCCUGCAAGAAGGGCGAGUACAACGUGCAGGACGCCGAGAGCUCCUCCAAAGCCGCCUGCCUCGGCCGCGACGCUGCCGUCUAUGGGAUACAGCUCACCCAGACCUGAGCCGGCCGGCGGCCGGAGCCACCCACACGGGCUGCUGGAGGGGAACCCGGUGGUGCGUCCCUGUGGCUGGGGCGCUGGCCGGCCUGCCUGGUUUGGUUGAUUGGUCGUUGUUGCAUCCGUCCUCCGGCUGCUUUGGAAGCUCCUGCCGAGCUGUGUUCUCGGUCCAGACCCGGCCUGUCUCCGUACAGCCACCUCCGCAUGCAGCUUCUGUCCUCGGAUCUGCUCCGCCCUUUUCCCCUUCCCCGGCCCCGCCCCGUGGCCCUGGUGCAACUUCCGGCUUGUCGCCGAUCCAGACAGCUGGUGUCUUGCCUUAAAUAUCCCUUCUCCGGCUUGGGGAAACGGGUCAUGAGCUGGCCCCGACCAGGCCAUGAUUGUAC